ACGGCUACACAGUAGAGAGAGCGCGGGUUAGAGACAGCUCAGGGAAGUGAGUUGAGGGUUCAGUGGAGGUUUACUGACUGAGAAGGGGUGUUUUAAUGUUUUGUUAUUUUUUUUAAAUUAAACACCGGGAAAAACCAAAGCUAAAUAAAUCCCGAGAAGUUCCCAGAAUGCUUUGCCAUGUAACGCGGCCGGACUCGGUGGUGAUGGAGGUGGAAGUGGAUGCGAAGGCGAAUGGAGAGGAUUGUCUGAACAAGGUAUGUAGGAAGUUAGGUAUCAUCGAGGUGGAUUAUUUUGGCCUGCAGUUCUCCGGCAGUAAAGGAGAGAACCUGUGGCUGAACCUGAGGAACCGAAUCUCACAGCAGAUGGACAGUGUGACGCCAUGCAGGCUCCGACUGAGGGUCAAGUUCUUCGUCGAGCCCCAUUUAAUACUGCAAGAGCAGACCAGGCACCUGUUCUUCAUGCACGUUAAAGAGGAUCUGCACCGCGGUCACCUGCACAUGUGCUCCGAGCAGGCCGAGGAGCUCAGCGCCCUCCUGGCACAGGCGGAGUUCGGCGACUACAACCAGAACACGGCCAAAUACUGGUACACCGAGCUGUGCGGAAAAGAUCCCGACCAAGAGACAGUUAACAGCAUCAUAGCCAAGCACAAGGCUCUGGAGGGGAUGAGCCAGGGUUCGGUGGAGUAUCAGGCCCUGCAGCUGGUAGCGUCUCUGGAGCACUACGGCGUGGAGUGGCACUGGGCGCGAGACGCAGAGGGCCAGAGACUGGCGAUCGGAGUGGGACCUGACGGCAUCGCCAUCUGCAGGGACGACUUCAGCCUGGUCAACAGGAUUUCUUACCCUUUAAUCCAAAUCGCCACACAGUCAGGGAAGAGUGUGUACCUGACCGUCACGAAGGAAAGCAGCGACAGCGUGGUCCUGCUCUUCAAGCUGAUCAGUAACCGAGCGGCUAGUGGGCUGUACCGGGCCAUCACAGAGACGCACGCCUUCUACAGAUGUGACACUGUAACGAACGCAGUCAUGAUGCAGUACAGCCGUGACUUCAAGGGCCACCUGGCUUCGCUUUUCCUCAACGAGAACAUCAACCUGGGCAAGAAGUACGUCUUCGACAUCCGCCGGACAUCCAAGGAGGUGUACGACUACGCCAGACGUGCGCUGUACAACGCCGGCAUCGUGGACCUGAUGUCCCGGCCGGGUGCGCGUUCUCCGUCCUCCCGCUCGCCGUGGCACGGACAGGAGAGUGUGCCGGAGUGUGGAGGGUGUCAGCAGAACCGGGUGCUGCAGGAGAAACUGCAGAAGCUGCGCGAGGCCUUCCUGUGCAUGCUGUGCUGCGAGGAGGAGAUCGACGCCGCCUUCUGCCCCUGCGGCCACACCGUGUGCUGUCAGAACUGUGCCACACAGCUCCAGUCGUGUCCAGUGUGUCGCUCUGAGGUGGAACACAUCCAGCACGUCUACCUGCCCACCUGCUCCAGUCUGCUGAACCUGACCGUGGGCAGUGGCAGUCCUGCGCCUAUCCACCGCUCCAUGGCCACACACACCUGCACUACCGCCGAUUACUGCAGCGACGACAAACUCUGCCAGACCUGAACCAGCGUCCACAUCGCUUUUAUUUAUGACCACUCACCAUCUCUGUUCACUGUCAAACCUGUUCUUAAACCACCAAUGAAGAGACUUUUGUACUUUCGUCUUAAUUUAAGUGUAUCAGUUGAUCUGAUAAACGACUCCUUUUGUCUUUAUUUUAAAUUUGUUCUGCUUUUUCUAAUCCAUACUCUUUCAUAGCCUUCAGUUUUAUUUUAGAAACAUUCUGCCUUUUUUUUUUUUUCCUCCUCCUAUUUAAUUGCAUUUUAUAUGUUGGUUUUAUUACAGGAUUUCCACUUUGAUCUUAUUGAAUUUUGCAGUGGAAUUGUGUGCAGUAUUUGCGUGUAUCAUGCCAAUAUCGCUUUCUUUUAUGCUGAAGGUUAAAGGCCACUGGAGGUCUGCGAAUACCGAGUGAAUACGAUCAGCCUCUAAUGUUUAUUCAUGUGGAUUAGUGCUCACAGUCUAAUUAAUACUCCAGGCACUGAGUCGGGGAGACUAAAGGCUAGAAAGGUAUAUUGUGAGCACCCCAAAUGUUAACCCUGUGAUAACUUCAACUUCACUCAUCAGCAACUAGAGACAUCCCUCAUAUGCAAAUGAUAUAUGGUGCAAUUGUAGUUUUUUUUUUUUUUUUUUUUUUUUUUUUUUUUU